CCUUUUCUUCAUCGUUCAUCCUCCUCUAAGAAAAGUCAGCUUGUAGUUUACGGCGGAGCCACUGGUGGAGGAAGUUUGAGUUCGGAAGAGCUAUAUUUGUUGGAUUUUAGGGGCGAGGCGAACUGGAUGUCGGUUCCAGUGAUGGGUGGCACCCCAGGGAGGAGAUAUGGUGCUACAGUUUGCGUUGAAAAAACACACAUACAGAUGCGCAUCCUCCCAAAUCCUUCAUAACUACAUACGUACAAAUACUCUACCCUCCUAUCCAUUCGCACGGCCACCACAAGCAUUACAUUUCCCACCAGGUCACACAAUGGUUUUCAACAAGCCUCUUUUGAUAGUGUGUGGUGGUAACAAUGGACAGUCGGCGGAGAACGACAUUUGGAUAUUAGAUGUGGAGCAUGCGCCAUUUGCUUGGAGUGAAGUAAAAGUAAACGGCACCAAAGCACCUCUUGCGCGCGUUUAUCACUCAGCAGAAGUAUGUAGGGAAGGGCCAGCGGCAGGCAUGAUGGUCAUUUUUGGUGGAAGGACUGCGGAGAAUAAGUAACUUAAACUUGUUACGUUCUAUCUUCUAUUUUCUGAUUCUGUUGAUUGAUCAUGUUGACGUUCUGACGUCUUCAUGCAAGAUCUAGAUGUAGAUCCGUCUAGUUUUUGAAGCAUCGAAAUCGGCCAAACAUCGUCAGGUCCCUGAAAGAUAUCUGGGGACUACGGCAGCAUCGGGACGGAAGGUGGGAUUGGGUAGAGGCGCCAACAAAAAAGGGAGGACAGCCGGAGGGGAGGUUUCAGCAUAGUUGUAUCUUUUACAACUCCCGCUUGCUGAUAGUUGGUGGAAGAGGCUCGGACGUGAAUAAAUCACUUCCUACUGCAGUCUACGACACGGAGACAUGCGAAUGGAAAAAUGUAUUUGUUCUUUGAAGAUAUUAUUGACUUCUAAACAUUAGGCUCUGCAACUGCAUGUAUGAUCUACAUGCACGAGCACAAAUAAUUCAAAAUGUCAUGCAACGUCACGCAACCUCUCUCUUCAUUCUUUAUCAUAUUCAUAACUUGCCGAAUCUUUUCACACGCGUCUACUCCAGAUCGCGAGCAUAAACCGGUUUCGGCACUUCUGCUGGCUUAUACACGAAAAGCUCUAUAGUUACGGAGGUUUCGAUCAUAAGUCGCCGAGUGCGCCAACCAACGACCUCCAAGUGAUGGACUUGGACGCUGCUUUCACAGAGCUUGGUACCGAAAAGUGGAUACUGUUCGUCUAUUUCUUUGCAGGAUGCAGUAGUAGUAGUAUUAGUAGUGGCAGUUGUAGUAUUAGCCGGAUGCGAGUAGGCUCCCCCUGUCCUUCUAGACCUAACUGCUUGACACCAUCAGCGAAUUCAUUAAGAUCCAAACAGGUGUCUUCACUGGUAGCAUGGCUUCAUCUUUCAAAGCAGGUGUCUCCACUGGUAGCAUGGCUUCAUCACAGCCGAAGCAUUUAGACGAUUUGGGUAG